AUGAAGACAAACGCCACCAGUGUGCGGGGGGGUGUCAGGAGGCGCAAGGUCGGUGUAGUCGCGUCCACAUUCGAAUUGCACACUGCACUGCAUUGGUGUGGUACAGUCGCGCGCAACGAGGCACGCGCCGAGCGCCGUCAUUGUAAAAGACACAUAAAUGUAUACGACGUCCCGUCCUACACUACGUUUACGGCCCGCGCCGAUGCAGUUUACGUCACCGCAUCCCGCUCCCGACUGACGACGGUACGCGGCGCGAGCGAGCGACGACCUCGCGCUGCAGCGUGCACCUCCCCGCGCCCCGCUUAUUACCGCCGCGCCCUACCAGCCCCCGCCCGCGCGGGCCCUAAUGCCCUGCCCCGCGCUCGCCGUACGUCCGGUGAAUCACGAACACGGAUCAAACUAUCGCUACGAAAA